AAAAUUGAUAAGGAAACCCCUUCAUCAUUCUCUAGGCAAACAAAUAAAAAUCCAGCAAAAAAAGGUUCUCUCACUCCACUAUUUUGCACUUGUAGAGUUCUUCUAUAGUUGUAUUACUACUUUCUUUAUUCUCUCCAUUCUACUCUCCCUCACAUCGAAAGAUAGGAGUUAUUUGUCGAGGCUAUUUUUGCUUUUCUCCCUUGUAAAUUUCAUCAUUUUGCUUAAACCCUAAUUUGAUAAUUUGAACUUCAUAUUAAACCUUUCGUUUCGAAUUUCAGAUUUUUCUCAACUGCCAUGGGUUCCGAUGCGGAUAUGGAAGAUUACGGAUUUGAGUACUCCGAAGACGAUGCAGAGGAGCAAGAUGUAGAUAUUGAAAAUCAGUACUAUAAUUCCAAAGGUUUGGUUGAGACUGACCCUGAGGGUGCGCUUGCUGGUUUUGCGGAGGUGGUUCACAUGGAACCAGAGAAGGCAGACUGGGGCUUUAAGGCAUUAAAGCAAACAGUGAAGCUUUAUUAUCGGUUGGGAAAGUAUAAGGAGAUGAUGGAAGCGUACAGGGAGAUGUUGACGUACAUUAGAUCAGCUGUGACAAGAAAUUAUAGUGAGAAGUGUAUAAACAACAUUAUGGAUUUUGUUUCUGGGUCUGCCAGCCACAAUUUUGAUCUCCUGCAAGAAUUCUACCAAACAACUCUGCGGGCUCUUGAAGAGGCUAAAAAUGAGAGACUAUGGUUUAAAACUAAUCUGAAGCUUUGCAAAAUCUGGUUUGACAUGGGUGAAUAUGGACGGAUGAACAAGAUAUUAAAGGAACUUCACAAAUCAUGUCAAAAAGAAGAUGGUACAGAUGACCAGAAGAAAGGAACACAACUAUUGGAGGUCUAUGCAAUUGAAAUUCAAAUGUAUACUGAGACCAAGAACAAUAAGAAACUCAAGCAACUAUACCAGAAGGCACUCACGGUUAAGUCAGCAAUUCCACAUCCAAGAAUAAUGGGAAUCAUUCAUGAAUGUGGAGGUAAAAUGCACAUGGCAGAGCGUCAGUGGGCAGAAGCGGCCACUGAUUUUUUUGAAGCAUUCAAGAAUUAUGAUGAAGCGGGAAACCAACGACGUAUCCAAUGUCUGAAAUACUUGGUUCUUGCAAACAUGUUAAUGGAAUCUGAGGUGAAUCCGUUUGAUGGACAAGAGGCAAAGCCUUACAAAAAUGAUCCUGAAAUUUUGGCGAUGACAAAUUUGAUAGCAGCUUAUCAGCGAAAUGAGAUUCUGGAGUUUGAGAAGAUCUUGAAGAGUAACAGGAGAACAAUUAUGGAUGAUCCCUUCAUCAGGAAUUACAUUGAAGACCUAUUGAAAAAUAUUAGGACACAAGUUUUGCUCAAGCUAAUCAAGCCUUACACAAGAAUCAGGAUACCUUUCAUAUCCAAGGAGCUUAAUGUCCCGGAAGCAGAUGUUGAGCAGUUGUUAGUGUCACUUAUUUUGGACAACCGAGUUCAAGGACACAUUGACCAAGUGAAUAGACUAUUGGAGCGCAGUGACCGAUCCAAGGGAAUGAAGAAGUAUACAGCUAUCGAAAAGUGGAACACACAGCUCAAGUCAUUAUAUCAAACGGUUAACAACAGAGUUGGUUGAAAGUGGUCUAUAUAUGGGUGGUUGCUUGUUUUUGAUUUUUGUGGUUGCACCCCUUUACUGGAACGGGGACAUAGUUGGACAAAUGGAAUGAAGAGCUGAAGUAGUAUCGACAACGGCAGUGUUUUGCAAAUAAUUUUUUUAACCCCCCUUGUUUACUGUUCCCUUAAGUUACAUGUAAAUUGAAGCCUUUUCUGAGAUGCAUCGCCAGUAGUUUAAAACGUCCUUUACAUUGCCUUUUUCGCCUUGAUGGUAAAUCUGUGGAAAGUGGUCCGAUUGAGCAUUUGGUUGCA